AUGACGCUCAUUUGGAUCAACGGUAGGAGGAGACGAAAACUUGGUUCGGAAAUAACCCUACCCAUGCAUGCCAUGUUCUUGAUGGAAGUCAAGGACUGUUUACAUGCUGCACUCAAUCGUGUGGCGGGUGUCGUGAACCACGAGACCAGCUAUCGUGAUUCACGGCCACGGGAGGAGAGAGAAGCCGACGAGAAUAAGCGACGAGAACAAGAGUUUCUGGCAUGUGCCGAUGGCUGCUUGAUCCAUGGCCACUAUUCAAUGACGUCCCGCGAGGAGACGGAAAAGGCGUUUGACUCGAUCUUGUCAACGGCAGGGAACUUUCCAAAGUUGAGCCAGGUUAAUUUGUGGCUGCAACGGCGACGACAAGUGUGGCGAACAGUUGCGUUGUAG